CCAGCAUUUGCUUCCGACUGCGAUUCCCACGCCGGGAGCCACAGCCAAAGUUCGCUCAUGCGACUGGGGAUCCAUGUAGCCCCGAACACCCAAGCCCUCCUUCACACACUUACAAGCACCUCAGACCCGCACAGAAAGACUCUAUUUCCCCGUGCUCGUCUUACUUUACACGGAUCUUGGUUCGCUUCCACGUGCAUGGUGGACGAAGAGCCUUCUGAUAGCGCUCCAUUUCUUGAGGACGUGACAGGGGAGUAUGACUACCCCGAUCGAGUUGUCCAACGAGCAAUUACUGCCAGACUAAAUGGUGCUCUUCGACGGGCAGUGGAGAAUGACAAUUUUGCUGCAGCAGAGAUGAUUCUUAAUGAUAUGAAUCACAGAGGAGUGCACGUUGAACUUGAUGCCAUCUACGAGCAUGUUACUACCUAUUAUCUAAGACCCUUGGAAGCAUUAACCUCCAGACGAACGCCUUCAUUUCAGAAGACACUCGACAAAGCCCUUCUAUGGUGGUGCCUAGUGCCGGACCACGCGGGAAGAGGGUUGGAAAAGGCUGCUCCAGACUUCAAAGCGCUCGUCGAACGUCUGCUGCGCAUCAACUUGCUCCCUUCAGAAUUGGCCAGCUUUGUCUUCAUCGCGAUGGAGAAGGGAUAUGCUUCCCACUUGAACACCAUCAUUGACCACAUUAUAUCCUACUCUUCCCCCCGCGUCGCACUCGAAACUUUGGCUCAUAUCAACCGCCUUGAUGUUCGCGCGGGGCGGGAAGUGCGAGCGAAUGCCAAAUUCCAUAGGCUGUCGUGGAUAAAGAGGGAUAGUCCGUAUCGGUCAAUAUUGUUUGGGAGUUUGCGUUCCCGUGACUCCGACAACGUCCGCAGACGUAUCGACAGACGAGUUAACAGAGCUAUUUACCAUCUUGCUGCCGCAAACAAAACGCUCACUGCCCAUCGCCUUCUUGGUGCAUUGUUCGACGCCUCUCCUCGUUCUGUUCGCCCAUACACAGCGGAUAUCGUUCUUCGCAAGCUUCGCGAGGGUCGGAUGACUCAGGAACAUGAGGAUUUAGCUGAACGAAUCCGUCGCGCACGUUUGCCCCUCGAAUAUACCCAACCCCAUUCCUUCGUUGUCUGGAACGUGCGGAAAACCCUAUUCUCCGACCACCCCCCAUCUAUUCAAGACCUUGCAGCUUUCAUGCGGAGAUGCUACGAGGAUAGCGCAGUCAGCGCAUUGCGAGCUAUGGAAAGAAGAAUUGCGUGGCGGCUGAUAAAGGAUAACCCACGAAGUUGGAAACCUGUCACACUAUGGUUUUUGGGAGAAAUGCAAAGGCAACUAGAUGAGGGAAGAUAUGAGGAAGUGUUCCGAACGUUUGCCACUCGUUUCCGACUUCAGGGUGUACCCGGCCAAAGCCUCGUCUCCUCGUACCUACAACGGCAUCAUAAUAUUGACUCAGCGAAGCCGAGUAAUUCACUUGUCCCGCAACUCCUCAAGCCCACACCUGUCGCAGUGCGCAUCCUGCUCCAGGCAUUAUUCCGAUGGAGAUCCACAACUAGCAUUGGAGUACCAGUUGCUGUGAAGCGGAAGCUACUUCUAAAGGAGAUGUUCCAGGCAUUCAGCUGGAACGCAAAACAAGUCGAUCCACCACUCGGUAAUAUCCUCGAACCAGGAACGUGGAUGCCCGAAGGAGAUGGAGUGGCUCACCCUAUCCUGAUCCCCCCAGAUACGCUUAUUUUCGACUUCAUAUUCCGCUACCUGAGCUCUCAAAGAUUAUGCGGGACAGUGCAACUCGUCAAGAAAACCCUUAAAUCAGGGAUCACUCUUCCCAUCACCGCGUGGUCCAUUGUACUCUAUCGAAUCGCACUACAUGGAGAUGGCCAAUCGACACUCGCGUUGCUGCGCGCUAUGACGCAAGUGGAGGCCGGCGGAGAAAUCAAUCCCAAUCUACCCCCAGCGGACUUUUCCACAUAUCUACACGCCAUAUCUGCGGCUUGGCGAGGUCGUCAUCUGAAUUUGCUCUACGAUGUCACGCAGAUGUUGAGAUCUCAGAAUUUGGAGCCUGCUGAUGAACAGGAGGUGGAAAAGCUGCAGUUCUACCUAUCCCGCUACUCAGAGACUAUAGCCAAGCCAGGGUGGGACACAUGGGCGACGAUGAGGGGAAAAAGCAGUUGAUGUACUUAUACUCAGAUCAUAUAAUCAUAUUCUUAAUCUGUUAAGU